AUGCGCUUUGUAUACGUUCUUGCGGCUCUCGCAGCAGCAGCAUCGGCCUCCUUCACCAACAAGUGCCAGUCGUGCCAUCUCAUCAUUAACAAGGCUGAAGCGGGUGUCAUGGGAUGCGAUUGCUUCAAUGAUUCAAAUCAACUUGUUGGUUCGACUCUUCGAUUGUCGACGUGUUUUGCGAAUUCGAACGGGAAGUUGAUUCCGCAGGCGAACGGCAACUUUGUCAAGAGCUGCUCGGUCGAGAGUCUUUUCCCCUCAUCGCAACGUUCGUUGUUCUUAUCUGUCAAGUGCAACGACAACAGUGGAAACAUCCAGAGUGGAUCGUUUGAUAUCAAUGCUGGUAGCACUAUUACGAGCGUGAAUGGGGUAAUGAAGUGCUUCGGGCAGGGAGGUCCGAACUAG